GAAACCCACGUCACAAUGUCAGAAAUCGACGCCCAAAAAUGCUUCGAUGUGGCCUUAGAUCUCGUCAAAGAUGCGGGGAAGGUUGUACGAGAAGCAAUCAAAAAGAAGAAGAAUAUUGAGACCAAGAGCUCAGCAGUAGAUUUGGUGACUGAAUCAGACAAGGCAGUUGAGAAGAUGCUUAUUUCUGGCUUGUCUGAGGCCUUCCCUGACCACAAGUUUAUUGGUGAAGAGUCAGUAUCUGCGGGAGAGAAGUGUAUCCUAACUGAUGAGCCAACAUGGAUCAUUGACCCCAUAGAUGGGACCAUGAACUUUGUGCACAGCUUCCCCUACACAUGCAUCUCUGUUGGACUGUGGGUAAAGAAGGCGGCCUUGGUGGGUGUUGUGUACAACCCUGUGCUUGAGCAGAUGUUCACUGCCAUCAAGGGGCAAGGAGCAUUCCUGAAUGGCGAGAAGAUUUCCGUGUCUGGCGAGACCGAGCUUGGCCAAGCUCUUGUCUUCUCUGAGAUAGGCACAAGCCUAGACCCUGAGAAGGUCAACACUGUGCUGACCAACAUAACAAAUCUUAUGCCAAAAGUCCAUGGAAUCCGUGCAAUGGGCUCAUGCACACUGAACAUGUGCCAUGUGGCAAUGGGUGGCGUUGACGUGUGCUUUGAGUUUGGCAUUCACGCCUGGGACAUGGCUGCAGGGUACCUCGUAGUGACGGAGGCCGGGGGUGUUGUGGUUGACACUGAGGGCGGUCCGUUCGACAUCAUGCGGAGGCGAGUGCUGUGCGCUUCGUCGCCCGAACUGGCUGAGAAGAUUUCCAAGUUGCUGAAGCAGUACCAGCCCGAGAGAGAUGGCGUCACCAAGUAAUUGUUUCAUCUUUUUUCUUUUUUUUUUCUUCGGCGUUGGAGGGUCUCUUGUUGUGCCGUCAUGUCGACCAAAUCAGAUUGGUUUGCGAAAGGGAUGACUGGGCUGUUUUGACUACGGUUUGAUUUGAAUUUUGAUAUCGGGGUUUGAUUUUGGUUUGAUUUGAAUUAUGAUGUGCAAGUAUUAAUCCAAUAUUAAAUUUGAUGCAAGCAGUUAUCAAAUACAAGUGGGGAAAAUGAUUUUUACUUGUUCUUUAUUUUUUUUGUUUAAUUUUAACAAGGGGUAGUUUGAAAUAGAUGUAUUCUGACUUGAAAGGAAAUCAUUUUGUAGCCAAAAUGUGUACUUAGAUUUCAUUUUGUUUUUUUCUGAAUAAUUCAGUUUUAACUCUAUUUAAUUUUAACAAUGUGUAGCUGGAUUCUAUUCCAAAGAGUAGUUUGAUCAUUUUGUUUCAAGAUAUGAGACCAAUAUCUUGUUGUAUACUAACAUGAUAACACCCAUAAUGUUCCUAUAUAGAAUGUAACAAAACAAUUUUUUCUUUUUCUUUUUCUUUUACUUUGGUUUGUAUUCAUUUCCUAAGAAAAGUUUCUAACAAAGGGACUUUAUGUAAUCUAUUGUAUUCAGCAAUCUUGUAUUAUUUACUGGUCUCUCUAUGUAUAAGCUAAGGAUCAGUGAAAUUAUAUUAAAUGAAAGUUAAUAAC